AGAGUGUUCUAUAUUUUUUUCGUGUUCAACAUGGCGAACUCUGGUGACGAUGGUUGGAACGCUGGCUUUACAAAUACGGAUAACAAAACUUCUGUCAUUGACAUGGAGUCCUUUGACGAUCGAGACCCUGAAAUAGAGUUAGCUUCUUCUGAUAAUAUAAGUUUUGGAAAUGCCAGAGUUACUUUCCUCUCAGAUUCACAAACUCCUAAUAAAUCUGUAAGAACAAGUGAAAUGGACAGUUCUUCUGAGGGAUUGAGAAAAAAAGUUGCCGAAAAUGUUACAUCUUUCAUGUGGGAUGCUGGAAAGCAAGAAGCCAAAAAAGCCUUCUCAUCCUUUUCAAUUUAUGGGAGUAUUGAUAUUCUUAGACCUUAUUUUGAUGUUGAACCGUACGAAGUUAGAAAGAGAUUACUAUACUCUCUCGUACCAUCUAAACCAACUACUCAAAUAAAAUUAAUGAGGGAGCUUUACGGUCCCCUAAUGCUAGUCUUCACUCUUAUAGCCAUCUUGCUCUUUCAAAUGAAGACUUCAGAUCAUACAGUGCAAGAGGGAACUUUGAUGGGUACUGCUUUCGCCGUCUGUUUUGGUUAUUGGAUCGGAACUUCUAGCUUUGUUUGGGUUUUAAGUUAUGUUUGCAAUAGUCGAAUUCAACUUGUACAAAUUAUGUCAAUGAUUGGAUAUGCUCUAUUUGCACAUUGUUUAGUUUUAGGAUUUGGAACAAUUUGGCACUCUGGACACGAUCAUGGUCUUUUCUAUUUACUAUGGUUGAUAUUAGGAGGACUAUCGACCGUAAAAAUGGUCUGCAUUUUAUUGGGUAGAACGAACGGUCAAUCUCAACGGUUAAUCAUCUCCGUAUUUGUGGCAAUUUUUCACAUGUGCUUCCUAUUAUAUCUGCAUUUUGCGUAUCACAAGAUUGUUUUGGAAGUAUCAAAUGCAUUAGAUGGAAGAAAUAUGGCAAAUGUCCCAAUAAAUCCUUCUGAUGAUGAUUCUCACACGGCAGAGAUUAAUCCGUCCAAACUUGAAAAAGGAUUAAUUAUUGGGAAAAUUGUUGAAAAAGCAGCUAAACUAACCAUAAAUUCAACCGUAUCGAAUGUUAUCCUUAGUUAG